AUGACCUCCUCCACUGAUGAUUCUUGUGACAUCUCUGCAGAGUUGUUAUGCCAGUCCACUACACCUACAAGCUCUGCAACUCAGACCGAAAGUGUGCCUGUGCUGUCUCAAUCUGGUUCUACAAGUGCUCCUGACAUCCACACUUCCUGUCCAACUCAAGCCUCUAGAUCUGCCACAGGCAAGAAGAACUUGACAUGGUUGGGUGCCAAUGUUCUUCACCUUGUCACAAUCCUCUACAACAGUAAGUCCUACCACCAUGCUCUGCUGCCAUCUCAAGAAUCAGCUGAGAACAAUCCAGCCCUCAAACUUUGCAAACAUCCCAUUUUUUGGGAGAUCUCCAAGUUGAUUUUCCCAGGUGCAUCUGUCAAGUCCAAUCACAUCAAGGCCAAGCUGAGGUGGCUGCUAGAGACAUACUACAGGGAGAAGAAGAAGCUUUCACUCACUGGAGCUGGUAUGCUGCUGGAGGACAUGGUUGCAUCCAACCUGUAUGCUUGGUUUGAAAAGAUGCAUGAGAUGAUGAAUGGCCAAUUCUAUGCUGAUCCUGCAGCACUUAUCACAACUCCCAGUCUCAACUUCACCAGCAAUGACAAGGCUGACAUGCCUUCCUACAGCUCAGCUGACAUACCCAUGGAUAUUUCUGGCACUGCUGUUGCAUCCAUUGCUGGUGCUGGUGAUGAUGACAUCUUUACCACACCUUUGCCUUCACCUUUGCAGGCUUGA